AUGGCCUCACUUGCCAAGAUUCAUUCUCCACUGUUGGAGGACUUCGCAGGAAUUGUAGAGCGGGGUCGUCCAUGUCCCAAGUGGUCCCAACGCCGCGGUUUUAACGAGCGAGCAUACUUAAAGGACGCUCAAGCAACUGUGGAGCAGUAUCAACGAGUAGCUCCGGAGUGGGAUCAAGAUGUUUCAGAGCGGUUUGGGGCAGCUUCAGAGCGAGCAAUUUCGGAACUGGAGAGAGCCGCAAGCAAGCAGCUUGCACCCAUUUUAGUAGCCAUCUUCGAGUAUCUUCGAGAGAUUUUCGAGGAGGUUCGAGCAGCUUUUGAAGUGUUUCGAGUGUUUCGAGUAGCUUUCGAGCGGCCUCCAAGCUUGCGAUUGAACCCACCAUCCGUCCUCCUUCGCGUGGUAGGGCCCGUAUCAAUGGAUCUUCGACCAUUUCAUCGAGAAAAGCUCUUGGAAGGAAACAGUUUACUCUCCAUGGGAUCCGUGUUUCUUGAGAAUCUGACGUGGGACACUUGGACUCCAUGGAAUCUCCGCUCAUAUGUAGCGCUUGUCGCGGCAAAACUCAUCCGAAAAGGUCCUCCAUACCCUCCUGCUUUCACUUCCGACCUUUCACUAUUGGUGAAACGCUUAGUUAAAGCCAAUCCGCAGCUCGCUUUUCAGCUCAACGCUAAGAAGCGACGACGUCAUGCUCUGAAGACACCGGUAGAAUCAACGGGUCUUGAUGUCUCGGCCGCACUGACGUCUCGAGUGGAUAAUGACGAUGCCCCCAUUAAGGGAGCUGUGGAAGGCGCCCUGAUUCAAAGAUGUCUGAGCGCAAUGAUCAACCUUGGUGUCAGAGAUCUCACCAGUGACCUAACACGAAUCGGAAAGUGGCCAAAGUUUUCCGGUGGAUUUCGCCGAUAUUUUGAAGGCGCAGCUCAGAGUCUCGAAUGCAAGGGUCACCUGUCUUUCUGAUUCGCGCCAAUUUUAUUCUAAUCAAUAUUUGGAUAAUUGUCGCUGUGAAAUGUCUCCGAAUCUACGUUCUUCAAGCCACAAAGGUGAGCAAUAUUCUGCCACAGUAAGAGGAAUACUGACAUUUUGAAAUACUUAUAUAAAUAAAUUCAUAUCUGGCAAGCUAGCAGUGAGAAUAUCGAUCCGAUGACGUCCAUUGGAAUUGUCUGUCUGU